AACCUAACUUUUCUUUAGAGUUUUGACGUCUUGCUUCUUGUUUAUGUUUUCUUGUUUUGUUCCAAAACGGUUUGUUUCUCUCGGUAAUUACUUAAAAAGAAUGGGGAAAAGAAAUCGUAACGUUAAUAAGUUUGCACAACGCAAGCGAGACCGUAAGGAGCAGGAAAAGAACCCCCAGGAGAAACCUGCGGAUAACCGUAAACAUUAUGCAGAUAUAGUGAGGGAAAAUGCGGCGUUCGAAGAGUACUACAAGGCCCAAAAAAUAGUCCCAGAAGAAGAUUGGGAGACAUUUAUGAAAGCCCUGCGCUCGAACCUUCCCACGGCGUUCCGGGUCACCGGGUCGAAGGGCGAGGCUGCUGCUCUCAUGAAGAUUGUCAAGAGCGAGUACUUCAAUGACAUCCUGAACAUGAAGAUCAAAGUGGAAGAUGGGGAGGAAGAACAGGAGGUGAAGCCAGUCAGUCUGCCAUGGUACCCCGGCGGUCUAGCAUGGCAGCUCAGCUUCUCGCGUACAGACAUACGCAGGAAUGAGGCUCUGUACAAGCUGCACAACUUCCUGGUGGCAGAGACAGCCGCCGGGGGAGUGUCAAGACAGGAGGCUGUGAGCAUGAUCCCGCCCGUUGUGCUGGAUGUGCAGCCGCAUCAUAAGGUGCUGGACAUGUGUGCGGCGCCGGGCUCUAAAACUGCACAGUUGAUCGAGUUCCUGCACGCAGAUGAAACUAAAAUGCCUACAGGUUUCGUGAUAGCGAACGACGUGGACAACAGCCGCUGCUACAUGCUGGUGCACCAGGCGAAGAGACUCAACUCACCCUGUAUACUGAUCACCAACCACGACUCGGCCGUCAUGCCCAACAUGACUGUCACUGACCCCGAGCACCCCGGCGCCACCAAACAGCUGAAGUUCGACCGCGUGCUGUGCGACGUGCCGUGCUCAGGGGACGGGACUAUGAGGAAGAACCCGGACAUCUGGACCAAGUGGUCCAAUGGGAACGGGAACAAUUUGCAUGGCAUCCAAUACCGCAUCCUCAAGCGCGGCCUAGAACUCCUCACCAUCGGCGGCCGCCUCGUGUACUCCACCUGCUCGCUGAACCCCAUAGAGAACGAGGCAGUAGUGGCGCGGGUGCUGCGCGAGGCAGAGGGCGCGGCACGCCUCGCGAGCGCGCAGGACAGACUGCCCGCACUGUGCAGCCAGCCAGGCAUGACCCACUGGCGUCCGGCGUCCAAAGACAUGGUGUUCUACGACUCGUUCGAUCAAGUCCCGGAGAGAUGGCAGACCGUGGUGCGCCCGCAGAUGUUCCCGCCCACACCGGACGAGAUAAACACGUUUAAUUUGGAUAGAUGCAUACGCAUCCUGCCGCACGCUCAAGACACAGGCGCGUUCUUCGUAGCCGUCUUCGAAAAGACAGCCCUAUUACCGUGGGAGAAGGACGCAAAUCCCACACCAGUAGACCAGCCUAAGGAAGAAAAAAAAGAACCACCUAAAAAACGCAGACGAAUGGGCGGUUACAGAGAAGACCCAUUUGUAUUCUUCUCAGGGGAUAAAGAAGAUGUUUUCCCGAAUAUUAAAGAGUAUUAUGACUUGAAAGAUGACUUUGACCCCACCUGUCUUCUGACUAGAUGUUUCGUUGGUAAGAAGAAGAAUAUCUACUUGGUGUCGCCGGCGGUGAAGGACAUAGUGCAGAGAAAUGAGGCGAAUAUAAAGAUAAUUAAUACUGGUGUGAAGACGUUUGUGAGGUGUGAUAACAAGAAUAUGACGUGCCCGUUUAGGUUAUCCCAAGAGGGUCUAUCAAGUAUCACGCACUUCGUGGGUGGGGCGCGGCGCCUGCGCAUCCUCAGGAGCGACUUGGUGCUGGUUCUGCAGAACGACGACCCGAGCAACCCGCCAGAUGUGGCCCGGUUCAGCGAACACACGCAGGCGCUGGUUAAGGACUUCGCCACCGGCAGUUGCAUCCUCGAAUACACGGAUGAAGCCUCAGAACUGUCACUGACACUAGUCGGGUGGCGCGGGGUACAUUCACUACGGGCCUACACUGCUACGCCUGACACCGUGCACUAUUUGAGGCUGUUGGGAGCCGAUUAUAGCAAAUAUGGUGAGUUUAGUUGUGACAUCUAGUGGUAGCGUAGACGA